UGACCCAUUACCUAAAACGUGCCAGACGCUACGCUAGCGAUUCCAACAACCGAGACCCACACUGUAAACCCGGAUCCGAUAUCACGUUUCAAUGUGCUCGGUCUAGUUUCCGUCCUCCUCCCGCGACGUCUCCGAUCAUUCGAUCGCGAAGCGACGACCUGAUCUCUUCUUGCCGGAGCCCUCACGCUCUCGGAAAUCCAUGGCGGAAGAGGCCAAAUCCUCGCAAAACCCUAAAGGCACUCUGACGGUGCCGGUGCCGGUGCCGGUGCCAGCAGCGGCGAGAGGCGGCGAUCGCGAUUUCCUCCUCCACCUCGAGGCCUACCUCGCCCGCCGGGACGGCGUCGACAAGCUCCUCAAGAUUUCCCGCUACGCCUCCAAGAUCGUCCUCUCCACUUCCCUACCCUCCGAAGCCCUUGCCCCCCGCCUUAAGGCCUUCGAGUCCAGCGUUGGCCUCAGCCGCAAGGCUUUCCGCGUGGGCAAGUUCGUGCAAGACGUCAACGCCUUCCGAUCCGCCUCCGCCGCCGGCGCUUCCCCCUCCUCCGUCGACCUCCUCCUCGCAGCUGUCGCCUACGGCGGCGAGGGCCUCUAUUACUUCGUUGAGCAGUUCGUCUGGCUCUCCAAGGCCGGCCUCAUACCGUCGCACCACUCGCGGCGGCUCCAGAAGAUCAGCGCUUGGGCGGAGCUCGUGGGGUACCUCGGGAGCAUCUCCUUGAAGGCCAAAGAGCUGCGAAAGAUCCGAUUUUUGCUCGAGUCGAAGGUUCGGGGCACGAAAUCAUCGGAGGAUGAGGAGGAGAUACGGAAGUUGCGGGUGAAGCUGUUGCUUAAACAACUAUCGAUCGUCCAAGACCUCGCGGAUGGUCUGAUGGCGCUUGGGGAUGUGAGCGAUGGGAAGGGUUUUCUCUCGAAUCCUUUGUUGAUGGCCUCGGCGGGCCUUCUUUCGGCUCUAAUCAGCACUCAUAAGAAUUGGACUGCUUGCUGAGGGGUAGGCAUUUCGCUUUGUUCUCUGCUUCAUAGGAAUAAAGCCCCUGUUGUUAUCUGUCUUUUUCAUUGAUACCGAGUAUAAGUUGUGGGAGAUGAAGUUCCAAACGUUUUCCAUGAAAUCUAAUAAGCUGCUUUGGUUUUUACUUUUUAAUGAUGUAAACCCAUACCAAUACACUUCAGUGUUUUUUCUUUUCCUUCUUCCAACAGAUAAAUGCACUGAAAUGGAAUAGUCUUUUGAAGGAAUUCUACUUCUCUAUCUUGUUA